AAUUUUACGCGAGUACACACUCGCAUCUCUUUAAAGAUGGCUGCGCCCAGCUUCGGCUUUUGUGCGGUCUGCAAGAACGCUUUACGAAAAACGCCGUCACGUCGGUUAUUUUCUUCGCUUUCACAUCAUACAAGACAGAGAGACUAUGCAAAGACCCAACGUACAGGUCAGUCUACAAGAUGUCUGCCGCAGAUCCUCCCUGUGCGCCGUGAUUCCAGUUCUGUGCCUGAGAAGGAAAUCCGUGGCAACUCUAGAUUGGUAGACCUUACCCCCCACAGGACUUUCAACUUUGACACGCACGCUUUGAUAAAGCAUCUGGAAUCAUCUGGUUUUACCAGUCAGCAAGCGGAGGGGCUGUCCUCUGCCUUUAUUCAGAUUCUCAAUGCACAAAUUGAUCAGCAAACCAAGACUAUGGUGUAUAAAGGACAACUGGAAAUAACCACACAACAAAUCAUGGCUGAAAUAAGUUCUGUCAAGAAGGACAUGGUGAUACUAGAGAAGAGUGAGUUUUCUACAUUGAAAAAUGAAAAUGAGAAAAAGACGCUGGAGUUAAACAGGCUGAAGGACAAUAUGUCAGAUGGGUUUGCCAAGCUUCAGAGUGGGGUUAAACUGGACAUUAACUUAGAGAGGAGCAGAUCACAAGAAGCUCAUGCCACCAAUGAAAAAACUUUGUCCAGACUAGAAAACAGGAUAGACACAGAAGUCGCCAACCUCAAGACGCUCAUAGAAUUAUAUAGAAGUGACUACUAUAAGUAUGUUUUAGGUUUAUGUAUGACGUUGAUAGUCGGCGUGGUGAUAGCUUCUUUAAGGACAGUUUUUUCGGGGGCUCUAACCCCAAAGAGCAGUCAGACAGCAAAUUGAAAAAGAUGGAUCUGAUUCACCACGUGAUGAAGUUCAUUCACAAAGACAUCCUCACCAGAACAUGUUUAUGAGGACACACACUAGGAUGUGUUCACCCAUGUGAUACAGUCUUACCAGAGAUACUUAUUUUGGUGUACAACAGUAAACUUUCACAACAACAUUCUCACUGGGACAUCACGUGACAUUCUCACCAGGAUGGCACGGGACAUUUUCACCAGGAUGGCUCAUUAUGUCCUCACCAAGAUUUCACGGCUAUUUAAAAGCGAUAUUUUUUCAAUAUUUUUUUUAAUAUAGCCUGACUCAUAACACUGAUAAUGUGUAGUUCUGUUUUAUGGAUCGUAGCUCAUGUCAUUUUCCGUUUUGUAUUUUUGCCAGACUUAUAAACUGUUCGUAUACCGAUCUUAUCUUAAAUAUUUAUUAAUAUAGCAAACACAUAAAACUUUUA